AGCUGGUGGGGGCUCGGGUGAGGAGCUCGAAUCUAGCGGAUGGUUGGUCGAUGGGGGAAACAACAAGAAGCUAGUCAUCAUGAGGGUCCCUGAAACACUGAUUUGGGCCGCUUUUCUCAUCCAGAAGGUGAGAGAGACCAAAUCUAUUUCUUCGUUGGCUGUUUCUCUGAGCGCGUGCUUGUGUAUCGCGGCACGUGGCAGACACAAAUCGACUGUUUUCUUCCUGCCGUGCUCGCGGAUCAUUAGCUCGGAUGCUAUGGCUGUUAGCUUGCGGAGAUUACCGCAGGGGCCCUGAAACCCACACAUCACUCGCCUUUUAACGCAACAGUAACGAAGCGGUAGUUAGCACCGCAUCAGAGCGGGAUUUACCGCACUCUCCGGUCCAUGUCAGACUGCGACAACUGGGAAAAAUAAUGGUUUAUAACUCACAUCCGUAUCAGUUAGUCAUCAUCGAAAUUAAUAACCCGAGGGUGAAAUAGGUUACUGUUUAUUGAAAUCCUUAUUGAAAUGUUCAAACCUUUUGUACUUUGACCUGUUGAGUCAAACUGUAAAUAUUUAGCUCUGCUCUGUGUAACAUUAGAUGAUGAAAACAGGCUUUUACAGUCCAGGUACAAAGAGUCCUGUUGUCAACACUCCUCAACCAUCGGCCUCAUCUUCACAUUUUAUCAGAGGCUCAUCUUACUCAAACUGUGUAAUAACAACUUCCCCCUCCGUCUCCUGCUGUCCUCCAGAUUGUCUUGAAACUCAAAACUACACAUUUCCAUCAGGUCCACCAGCUUUUGUCUUCCAACACUGAAAUUUAUUCAGAAUAAUUUUAUAUUAAAACACAGACCCUGAAACCAGACAUCAUAAAUAUGUAACCGCACAUGGAGCCUGUCUCCUCUUGUUGUCAGUCACACUUGUUUUUUAAUGAUUCAUAGAGAGAGAGAGAAAACCUCUGCAGUGGAUCUGUAAUUUUCACCUUGAAUUUGGCAGGUGUUGAUUUGAUUCUUCAGUAGAGGUGUUAAUUCAUCAUCACAGCCACUUUGGAUCCUUCAGUUUGGGAUGCUGUGUUUGUCUCUCAGUUUUUUUUGACUCUAUGAUUAAAGCUAUGAAACAUAUCAAAAACAAGAUACGUUUGGCGUGACAUAUGAAAAUGGCCAUAAGGGGGCGAAAACAGCAGAAUAACUCUUUAAUUGUGCGUCUCGAAAAAAAAAGUCGUGCGCAAAAUCAAACAUCGGGCAGAUCGGACAAAGUCGAAGUUCAUGGCGCUCUGUAGGGGGCGCUAGCGAGCAAUGUUUUUAUCGCUAUUUUCAGGUCACUUUAAAACAUUGCGAUUUUCGCAGGGCCCAACCUGCCUGCAAAUUUUUUUUUCGAGGCCGUUCAGGGGGUCAAAUAUGCGUUUUUGAAGGCCAAUAGGAACAAUAAUAAUCGAGAACCCCUUGGAUUACAAUAGGGCUUCGCUGCAGAGCUACGCUCUCAGCUCGGGUUAGGGCUGGGCGAUAUCGGAAAAAGUUUAUCACGACAUACUUUUUUCAUAUCAGUCGAUAUCGAUAUUUUUCACGAUAUUAAAAAAAGAAAUUUAACAGUGCUUAUUGGUAGCAUGUCUUUUGCCAUACAAUAAUGUCUCUUCGACGUUUUGUCGUAAGGCGUUGUGCUAGAGAAAGCGGACUGAAUGGUCAGCUGUUCCGGCUGCACAGGCGCCAUGGGCUCCUUACUCCACUCGGGGUUUGUAAACUUUUGUAGUGCUAUGGUCGCGUGUAGUUGCAGCCUGCUACCACGCAGUUGUUUGCUACUUGGUUUCUAAUUCAGCGAAGUGAACCUGGAGCAACUCCCCUUUUCAGUGGUUAUUCUUAAAGUCUACCAAAACAUGGCAGAAUGCCAACUAUCGAAAAGCAUAUCAACCAUGUUUUAUAUUGAUAUUGAGGGAAAUUAAUUUUCAAUAUAUAUCGUUAUUGUUUCAUCGCCCAGCCCUAAUUGAAGGAGCUGAUCGUCAACAAAAUGUGACUGUAUUGUGUUUCUUCUUUGUCGUGCUAACAGGUGGUGGGAGAGUAUGGCAUGGCCCAUUUCAGCGACGUGGGCAAGAGCAAAGGAAAGGAUUACUGCAUAUUCUUCAACUCUCAGUGGGCACGUCUACCUCAGGACCUCAACAAGGCUGUAAGUAAAGGAGAGGUGUAACCGAGUCUUUGUGUGUCUUAAUCAUGAUGAUGCUUUCAGAUUAUUUCUUAGAAAGUGCAUCACAGCCACACAGAAAAGCGAGGAUCAACCACAGUUUGCACUUUUAAGUAAUCGAUAUAAUGUUUACAGGAAGCUUGGGAAAGGAUUCUGAAACCUGAUCUCUAAUUCUGGUGUUGGAGCUACUCUCACGUCUACUUUCUGAACCGUGUCGGCAGUCUUUCUAUCUGAUAUCAGAUUGUAAAGGGUUACAGAAAACCACUCAACCUUUGAGUGUACAUUUACCCUGUAUAGGAGGAAUAGAUGUUUACGCUAGCAAGAAAUGUAUGUGAGAUAUUAACUGUUGAGAUUUUACAGAUUUUUCUCUCUAACAUUGCAACCCUUUUCCUCUAAAGUCACGUCUCCAGAUCUAUGACUUGACAACAUCAGUGCUGUGUUCAGCCUCUGAGGUCCCAGAGGGAGGUUUCCCAAAUCGCAUCCCCAUGGUGAUGAGAGGAAACUGCACUUUCUAUGAGAAAGUCAGACUGGCCCAAAUAAACGGCGCCAAGGGCCUGCUUAUCGUCAGCAAGGACAGACUGGUACCCCCCUGCUUUUAACUAUUUAUAUCUUCAGGCUGUGGCUUGGAAUAACUGCAUCAACAUUAAACUGAUUUCAGAGCUUAAGCAAUCGGAAAUGUCUUUCAAUCUUUAUUUUUAUUACCACAGACACCACCGGCAGGAAACAAGACUCAGUAUGAGGAGAUUGACAUUCCUGUGGCGCUGCUCAGCUACUCUGAUAUGCUGGACAUCAGCAAGGUUAGUGGACCGCCAUAAGCCAUUGAAAUAAACAGUCAUCUGGCUACCAGCAGGAUCCGACUCGACUAGUUUUUUCUUCCUCACUGGCAAAGUCAUUUAACAGACCAACCGAAAAAAGGUCUUUGCUAAAUGUAAAGUGAAGUAUGUUCGACAAGAGUCACGGAUCCAACAGAAUUUCAAAGCAGACCAGACUAACAGCUGUUUCUUCCUCCUGCAGACCUUUGGGAAGGGAAGACUGGUCGCCAUGUAUGCGCCCAAUGAGCCAGUGUUGGACUACAACAUGGUGAUCAUUUUUUUGAUGGCGGUGGGGACGGUUGCUGUCGGGGGUUACUGGGCUGGCAGCAGAGACCGCAAGAAGUAAGAGGACAUGAUGAAGUGGGAGAGUUGGAAACUGACAGUAAUGGUUUUUGAGGGUUUGUAGUGGACUACGAGAGUGCAGGCUUUUUAUUUUGGAGUAGAGUAUUUCUCAUUCUUAAUAAUAAUAAUGUUUUAUAGUUAAAUUUAUGGUCAAAUAAAGUCUAUUAAAGGAUUGAGUGUCAAUAAUGAUGCAGCAUGUUGUGCACCGCGUUCCUAAUGUUGCCUUCUCCACUAUGUUACUUUCAUCAAAGAGCGAGAGACUUCCUUUUGACUGCACAUCCCUUGCUUUUAGUCCUGACUGCUAAAAUUAAAUCAAAGUUAAUUCAUCCUUGGAGUCAUCUCAGGGAAAAAUUAGUCACCGUUUUCUUGGCAACAAACUCCAAGCUCAGGCUUUUGUCUUAGAGGACUAUCUGUAUCUGUCUCUUUCCUUCAAACCAUCGAGUCCUCAUGUUUCGGCUGCAGCUCCACUAAAGGGCACUGUUGUUUAUUCGAGGCUUUACGAGUGACUCACAGACUCGAACUGAACCGUCCGAGUCUAUCCUUCCUGGUGGAGUUGCCAAGGUGACUGGGGGGCGCAGUCAGAUGGGGUCUCUGACGCAGAAGGCAGAGAGCAAAGGACAGGAAAAUGAGCGUGUGUGUUGAACUCAGGAAGGAAACGAGUGCCAGCCAGCCGAAUGAUAGUAAAUACGCACAGAGGAUGCUCAGAAGUUUAUACUUGCAGCUUUGGCAAGUCACCAACCAUCAGUGAAGACAGUUAGGGAAAAUGUGAGACGAAACAGGAGGGAGUUUUUGCUAAGAAGCUUUUUAAAGCACGGAUACUAAUCAUCAGAUGUAUGAAUGUCCCAAACUGGCCCUCUUAUAUCAUCAUCCCUCUCUGGUUCUCCCUCCUGCAGGCGCUACAUGAAACACAAGCGAGACGACGGUGCAGAGAAACAGGAUGAAGAGACGGUGGACGUCACGCCCAUCAUGAUCUGUGUGUUCGUGGUCAUGUGCUGCAGCAUGCUGGUGCUACUCUACUUUUUCUACGACCGCCUGGGUACGUCACCCACACAAAUACACCCACACAGCAAUGAAGAUCCACACUCAGGAUAACAGUCAGAUCAUUGUUCUUGAUUGAAGACACACGCUCCAAAUGAAAGCACUGUGAUUUGAUCCGCUUAAAUGUGACCAACACAUUAUCGCUGGUUUCGGUCCUAACUGCCCAGUGUUCAUUACUGUGGUUUGGCCUCUCGAAGUCUAAUAAAUCCGUUAUUUGUGUCGGUCUCUCAGGACUCAAUAAAGCAUUCACUUGUAGUCGAGCAGGCUGUGUGAAGACGACUGACAAAGAUUUCCUUGUUUAAAAAAAGCCAGCUUUUAACUUUGUCUUUUAGGCUGUUUUGUAAAACUUGACGGAGGCACCGAGACUUCAUACACCUGGAUAAAUAUAGAGCUUCUGUCCUCUGAUACUAAAAUAUGUUCAAAGUCUCAGGCCACCUGAGCAAACCCUGCAUAUCAAAGUGAGGUUUCAAUUUCUAAAUUUACGUGGUCCCACAGAAAACUCAAGAUUCCCUACAGCUGAAGAGUUGCAGCUCCGUGUUUAGGAUAAUAAGGCUGCGGUUCGUAAAAGGUGGAGUAGGCAGGAUCUGAGGAAGUGCCAGUUUUUAGGAGAUAUCUAGAAUGUAAACACUACCCCUUCUAACCAGUUUUCCCCUCAGCUCCUCCUUGCAGAUGUGUAGGUGUGUUUUAAUGUUUUCACCUGUUUCCUGUCCCCACACUCUCCACAGCCAUCUGGGUCAUAGCGAUCUUCUGUGUGGCCUCCUCUGUCGGCCUCCACAGCUGCCUGUGGCCUUUUGUCAGGAGACUUCCUUUCUGCAAGUGCAGGUGAGACAUGUCUAUACCGUCAACACAAGACUUUUUAUAUUAUUAAUCAGUAGUUUUAUAGGUUUUUAUGAAUGCUUUGUGUCCUCAGACUUGGUAGAUCAUAAUAAUAAUAAAGUAGAAAACCUUGAUGGCUGACCUGCCCUUCUUUUACCACACCCUAAAGCAUUUAAUUCAGGUAUAUGACACAGUCUAUAAACUUAAAAGGUGGGGUUGGUAAUCACUGCAAACUAGCAUGAAUUUUGAAUGUAGCUCCUACAUAACAACGCCCCUGCUAACAUGCAUGUCUGCUGAUUCAAAACCACAGACUCAUAACUUUGGGACUUAAGAUGGGGAAGUUUUCAGCGACAAAGAAAGUAACGUUAGCGUCGGGAUGACCACAUAACUUGCAACAUGGUUAAAUACUUGAUCGAGAUUUAAAAAUCGCUCUGAAACAAACUGGUGGAGCCAUUUUUAGAGGUCACCUGUGUAGCGCUGUAAAACGACAAUAUUGGUGCCCACUAGUUGUUUCACAAGAGGGCUUUUGGUUUUUGACCACAAGAUGGCGGCUGGUUUUGUUUUUGAUUUAUGGUGCAAAAGAAUAAACGUAUUGGCUUAUCCAUAUUUAGUUUUUUUGCCUACAUAAGUUUGAUUGUGCUAAAUUUAAUGGAACAAAUUAAGCCGAGUGCAUAAAAGUGCGUCAACACAAACCCUAAACGUACCUUUCCAACAGAAAAUGAACGACCAUGGCAUCACUUUGACCUCUUUCAGUUCUCUCCAUCGCUGAAAAGCCAGUGUUGCGUUUUCGCUCUCGCUUUCUCUAAACUCUGUCUCGCUUCGUCCUUCUAUUCCUCCGUCUUUCUUUUCUUGCUCUUCUUUGCAGGAGGAGCGGCGGUCACCAUUAAUCUGAGUGUAGGUAGUUUCUCUGCCAUUCUCCCGCGCAGUUGUAUCCCUCUCAGCUCGGCUAUGCGCGUUCAAACAGGGCGACGUGUACGCGCAGGAGGCGAGCACGUGAUUUGAUUGGUUUAAAAAUAUGGGACCCACACGAUGUGAUUGGCUGGUGUUUUCCCAGUUUUACUCCUGCUGUAGAUAGCAACUAUGUUUCGCUCUAUUUUAAAGCACACUAUUGCUAAAACUAGUAACACCAUCACUAUCGCCGGGUGAUUUCUACCAGAAAUAAUGUACCCAAGAAAAAAUACUUGUCAUCAAAAUAUAUAGAAAUAGGACAAUACAUGACAAAUUUAAGUAGUUUUCUUUUAUUUUUAACUGUGCAAUGUCCAAAGGGAGGGGGGAAAGUGCCACAAAAUAACUGAAAUUAGACAUUCAUGAACAAAAAAUUCCUAAAAUAUAUAUAAAUAUAAACUGUAAACUUAGUUUUUUUCCACCCAUUCUUGGGAGAAAGAACCAAAAUAUGGCAGUUUUUUCAAGUGAGUGAAAAUGACCAGCUGACUAAAAUAUUUCUUAUCACCACAUGAAUUCCCUUGUUGCAAAUUCCAGGAUCACUCUUACUGACCUUAUUCGCCUGCAUGCAGCUAUCAAAUCCAUCCAAAUUUACUUACGCUCUAUCACUAUUGAAACAAAUAUGCCUUCAAAGAUGUCAAAGGCAACGCUGAAGCUACCCAGGGACCCAUGAUACUCAGACAAACGCAACAUAAUGAAAAUCAUGUAAACAUCACCUGGCGAUAGUGUUCUAGGGUUAAGAACACAUCAUGUAUUGAUUGCCAUAGGAAUAUAAAGAUAAUUUUAACCAGAAUAACAAAAAGUGUAUCUAAAUCAGAUUACCAACCCUACUUUUAUAGGAUGAAGAAAAGACAGUUAUAGUCUAUUUUACAGCUGAUAUGGUUAAGGAUUAAAACUGAAGCCUGAGGAUCUAUUUUCAGUCAUAUAAUUAUACUAAGUCUGUAAAUACAGCCUACACACUGUUGAUAGCAGACCUCUGUGUUUGGACCGUCCCAUAACCACAGGGUUCCAGAGAACAACCUGCCGUACCUGCACAAACGGCCACAGAUCCGCAUGUUGCUGCUGUCGGCCCUCUGUAUUGGUGUCAGCAUCACCUGGAUGGUGUUUCGCAAUGAAGACCAGUAAGUGCAAAAAAAGGUUUUGAUCAAACCAGUCACACACUGCACAAAGAAAACCAGCAAACCACAAAAGAUCUUUAAUCAGAAUAUGUAGUUGAGACUCGCUUCCUUGUAAUCCCAAGGAGAGUUUAAUUGACCUGAUUCAGGAGUUGGCAUUUUUGCAACUACAGUAUCGUAUUUCCAAACUUGAUUUCAUCGUCUACAUAGUCCUGAGACGAGUGCAUCGAGUGCACACAUAUUCUGCUGUGGUUGCUUGUUUUGUGUGUUGACAUAAUAGUACAGCUUCUUUCUGUAAAUAAAUGCUGACAUAUCAGAUCUGUACAGUGUGGUGAUGGUGUGGGCUGACUCACAGUCUGGUUAUGUGUCCUCCAGGUGGGCGUGGGUGUUGCAGGACGCCCUGGGGAUCGCCUUCUGUCUCUACAUGCUCAAAACAGUCAGACUCCCCACAUUCAAGGUCAGUCGGCACUUUUGUAAACAAAGUUUUCUCAUAUUGAAAGAUUAACUUUGGUCUGCACACUGUUCAUGAAUAAACUCACCUUGAUAUAUGUUGUUGUUUUUUCUUGUUUUUCAGGCUUGCACCUUAUUACUGUCAGUUCUUUUUGUGUAUGAUGUUUUCUUCGUAUUUAUUACACCCUUCUUUACAAAGGUAGGUCAAGACUACUCAAACAUAAGAUCUACACCUUUUGUAAUGUGUCAUGCUGAGAUUAAACUCCUGGUCUGUACUCCACAGAGUGGGGAAAGUAUAAUGGUGGAGGUAGCGGCUGGCCCCUCUGACUCCUCCACGCAUGAAAAGGUGAGCUUGUGUUUAAAUACCAGAACUCCCUUUGGGUCAGGGGAGGAAUGAGUCCAGCCAAGGAAACUUCUGCUACUCCCACUCUCGAUGCCCUCACAGCUCAGGGGAAAAUAAUGUGAAUCAAACACUAAUAUGCGUAUGUGUGUUUCUUUUAGCUCCCAAUGGUGCUCAAAGUGCCACGGUUGAACUCCUCUCCUCUGGCUCUCUGUGACCGGCCCUUCUCCCUCCUGGGCUUUGGUGAUAUCCUAGUACCAGGUAAUUAAUCAUGUCGUUACAUCAUAAAGAGCUCAACAACCAGAAAAUGAUUUAACCAACAAUGACCACAGUCAUCCUGUUCAGACUCUUUAUCAGGAGCAGAAAAUUCCCAUUUUUCUGCUUGUUCUAUUAAGUAGAAGAUGGUUUAUGGCUGCAUAUUUAACUGUUUAGCUCCACAGUUUUUGUCUUUUUGAAACAUUUGAUUUGGAUUAUCUGUUUUUUUUUUUAGGAAACAAACAAAAGGGGAUAAUUUGGUUUCCAUGGCGGGUGUAUUGUUCAUGUUGUGUAUUAAUUCUUAAGCCUUUGUUUUAUCAUCUGUUUUUCUUCUGUCAGGUCUGCUGGUGGCGUACUGUCACAGGUUUGACAUUUUAACACAAUCCUCCAGGAUCUACUUUGUGGCCUGUACAAUUGGUACGUACAUAAGCAGAGAAGUAGUGAAGGUUAUGAACGCUUAAACAUUUUAGUUUUAUGAUCAGCCCCAUUCAAACAGAAUGAACAUGAACGGGGUCUUUGACAUAUGUGAUAUCCUGUAUUUCAGUCUUACCCUCUAAAGGCUUUGAUUGUUUUGUUGUAUCCCUCACAAGCCCAUAUGCUUGUUCUUGGCAUGACUCUGCUGUCUAAUUAACAGACAUAUUUUAGAUUCCCUCCUUUUCCAGACAAAUGUUCCGCAUAAAAAUCUAAUUUCAGGCUGAGCUGAUCAAAAUUGAGUUAAAGAGGAUGAAUAAGCAACUAUUCCAGUAAGGACCCUCUUUAUAAUGCAUGGAUGUAGUAACUCUGUAGCUGUCAGGUAACUCUGAUAGAGAAUUAAAGUGCACAGAAAAUCUGAAGGUGAUUGCAGGUAAAAUUGACUCUGAAGCAGGUUAAAGAAAUCAUUCAAACACAGUUACACUCAGGAUUUAUAUUUAAAAAAUGCUUAUGGAGGGGUGCGCAGAUGGCCGAGCAGGUUAGCGUGCCCCAUACAUGAGGACCACUGUCCCCGCAGUGGUCGCAGAUUUGAGUCUGGCCAUGACCAUGUGCUGCAUCCUCCCCACCUCUCUCUCUGUCUCCCCACAUAUUACCCUGUUCUGUCAAUUGCCCAAAAAUGCUUUGGAAAAAAUCCCGAUCUUAAAUCCAGAUUGAUUUACACUACAGUAAAAUCUGCAUCAUUUUGAGUCGUCCUAGAUAUUGAUCUGUCAUCUCUCUGUCUCUCUCCCCUCCGUCAGCAUACGGCAUCGGCCUGCUGAUCACCUUCGUGGCCCUGGCCGUAAUGCAGAUGGGUCAGCCGGCCCUGCUCUACCUGGUGCCUUGCACUCUCCUCACCAGCCUCACCGUUGCACUGUGGCGCAGGGAGUUGCCCCAGUUCUGGACUGGAAGUGGAUUUGUGGUGAAUACCAGUUUGAUAUGACCGCCUACUGCCGAAGAACAAAAAAAGACUUUAACAAAGAAAAAGAGAGAGAAAAAAGAAAAACAUCUAGUUAAAUAUCAUGCAGAGUAAAGUAGAAUUUUGAGUUGAGUAACCCCUUUAAAUAAUUCCAUCCGUUCCAACUGCCUCUUUCUGUUCUACUGUCCCCCUCCCCUCCCCUCCCCUUCCCCUCCCUUCCCUCCCCUCCCAUCGCUGCCUCUUGCCCUUUAUUUUACUGUGGGUGUGCUCUAGUCUGCUGCUGAGGGCUCAGCUGUCUGUGAAUGUCACUGCAGGUAUUCUAUCUGGGCUUUACCACUUCACACUCCACCAUUCAAUCACCCUGAUCAUACUCAAGGUUUCUGUUUGUGUUGCGUUUUCCUGAGGAGUAGAUGUUUGUGUCAUUAGCAGGUAACAAAAAUUGAUGUUAUUAUUGUUGUUGGUGCUAAUGGUAAAUUAGAUUAGUUCAUGUUAGCUUUCUGAUUGAUUGGUUAGCUCUUGUCAUGUGUGUAGUUUAGUGGGUCUAACCUCUGUGCGGUUUUCUUUGAUCUGCUUCCCUUUUCUUUUCACAUAUCCUUAACUUUGUAUGUACAGGAAUACCUCUGACAACAAUGAGCAUACGGCUUCUUUUAAUCACUGCAGUUACAAACCAAAACAGUGGAUUUAGCCUGAAAUCAUCCUGUGGACAGAGGAAUGACUGUAUAUUCUCUGUUUUGUCUGCAGCUCUUUCAGUUUCUGUUGUGAUCGUCACAUUUUAUUUCCCCCCAGUCAAAAUCCAGCCGUCUUAUAUCGACACUUUUUUUUUGUCCCCUGCAGCCUGCCAUAGUUCUCGCACCAAUCAACUGUACACAAACUGCAGCCCCACAGACAGAGGGACCCUCGACUAAACCAGAGCAGAAAACUGCAGGAAACACCAAUCAGAGUGAAGACUCGCCCCCACAGCAGCCGCCGCCUCAGGAAACUCCCCCAGCCGAGACAGAAGAAGAGGAAGAGGAAGAGGAAAACCAAUCUGACCGAAAGGACAUCUAGUAUGGAAGUUAAUAUUUUAUUUCAUGUUUUAUUUGUCAUUGAGAUUUUUUUUUCUACAUCGUAUCUCAGUCAACGGACAUUCUCAGUACAGAUAUUUUAUUUGCACUUGGUGCGAAGGGGAGAGCGGCAGCCGUCUGUAUUUCCCUGAAAUGCUGGCUCAGCAGGGCACCGGGACUGGACACAGGAAGUCGAGGCAUUAAACGGACAAACACACCAAAUAUAAAACCGACACAGCCGCUCCAACACCUCUGUCUACUAACAAACAGUCCAGACUUCAAAAGGGAAUUUAAAAAAGCCAAAUCUAGACACUAUACAGGCUGCCAAACUAAAAAUAAAACACUCCCGUGACUCUAAGAUGAGGCUGUAAAGGCCCACUCAGGAGUGGAUUUUUUAAGAGAUCCACUUCUAGUUUUAACGCACAGCUGUCGUAACUUUGUAUUGCUGCUCAUUCUGCUUUAAUUUCCACUCCUCUGUUGUUACAACAAGGAUAAGUGACAGAGCUGCAGAUAAACAGAACUAGCAAUAACUUUGAUUAUUGAUUAAAUGAAUCCUGAAAAUGCCAAAGAUGAACUCAGAUUAGUUUAUCAAGUGAUUUCAAGCCUUUUGGUGUCAGGAAUGAAAGGUAGUUGAAAAUCUGUUGGGUUUUGAAAUGUUGAUUUGACAAAACAAGACACAUGAAGACAUCGUUGCGGGCGUUUCCAAACAAACAAUCAAAUAAGAAUCUAAUAUUGGAAAAAGAAGCAGACUGGUCAGUAAUGGAAGUAAUUGCUAGAUGAUAACAGUUUUGAGAUAGAAGUCAGUGGUCUUAAAAAUCACUAAACCAGCCCUGAGAAGCAAAUUUUCUGCUGUUACUAUCUCAUGUUGAAAACUCUGAGUAUGCUUAAAAUAAACAGACGUGCAGUUGUUGGCAGAGAGAAAAUCCUGCAGCUGAAUUAAGACACAAAGGCUGUUUUAGAAAAUUACCGAAGUCACCCGGUGCAUCACAUCCUUCCCAUGUCAGACAGGUGCAGGUGAAGGCAGCUUUAGGACUCUUUUACAUGGUCUAAUUUCAUGUGAAGCGUACUGAGAUUUACUCUUACAAGCACACAAAGACACGCAACAAAACAAGCCAUUUCAGCUCUGCUCAUUUCUCCACGACAGUGACGGACUAAGUUUCACACCCUUUAAACUGUGGUGCUUUAUGGUUGUUGACUGAGCCAAAGCUCUUUGAUUUUUUUUUCCUCUCACAUCUUAUUUUGAUAUAUUUUCUUUUGCAUGCUACGGUUUAGAUUUUUACCCUUUUAUAUAAAGCCAGUGUAUAACGCUAUGAUGCUGAGUGUAGACAUUGUGGGCGGUGCGACGGGUAAAACGUUGCCCCUUGAAGUUUCUGAGCUCCCAGCGGUUACUUAUUCUGUCUUAAGAAAUUUGUUUUGGCCUUAAUCGUUUCAUUGGGUUGGUGGCAGAAUGUGUGGAAGUAUAAAAAGACGAGCACCGUACCCUGAAUGCUGAUGUGCUGCAGUUUAACGUGUGAGCUGAAAAACGAGUGACAGGUUGUGUUACAAACGUUGACUAGGUUUAGUUUCUAUGAUGCAUUUGCACAGUAUUUUUGAAUUAUUGAGCUGACAGAACCUGUUAGUUCUUCUCUGUAUAUGUCCAUGUAAAUAUGUUUUCUUUAAAAGGGGUUUGAAUUAAGAAAAAAAAAGUAUCAAUAUAUACAAUAUUAAUCCUGCUAUUCCUGACCCAAAUGAAGCCUCUUAACCAAGAUCAACAUUUCUGUCUAGAAGUGAAGGGUCAAAUGAAAACAGUCUAGUCGUCUGGAUGUGUGCCCUCGCUGAUUCAAUAACAGUGUUUUCAGGAGAUUAUUCAUUCACCAGUAUAGUUUGUUGUCACCAAGUGGUUUUUAAUGCCUCUGUGGAGGAAUAUAUAAAAUAAAUAAACAUUGUCUCUGAUAUUUGA